CCUUUUCAUUUACUAGACAACAACUUCUCUCUGCCUAAUACCUGUCCCAACUUUCCUAGCCCAGCCAUGCCUUCCACUAGCCCAACUUGCCCCGGCCCACCCUCUCCUGGCCCAACUUCACACCAAACUACCACACCCACCAGCCCCACAACUAUCGCACCCACCAGCCUUCUCCCGAUCUCUGCCUCCAUCGUUCCUAGCCCUGUGCCACCUCCAGCCGUCUCCUCGUCCCCAUUCCUACCAGAUCUGCAUUCCCCAUCACCAUCCUGUGGUGCUGCGCCUCCUACUUCCACCCGAUCUGGGUCUGGGCCUGACGCUUCUCUCUCCGCUGCUUCCAUUGGUGAUUGUACUAGUUCUGAUGAUUGCUCUGUUUCAGCUCCUGUUGCCUCCCCAUCUUCUUCAGUUACCUCUGCUUCCUUGGCUAAUGUUCCUCGGCGCACCCAUAGUAUGGUGACUCGUUCACAGGCCGGUGUUAGGAAGCCAAAGAUCUUGCCAUCUCUGCUUCAUACAUCUACUGAUUUGCAAGAACCCAGGACUUUUAAGCAAGCUUGUAAUCUUCCAGAGUGGCAACGGUCUAUGCAGGAGGAAUUUCUGGCUCUACAGCGCAAUCAAACUUGGGUUUUACUCUCUCCUCCAUCCAGUGCUAACAUUGUGCGAUCCAAAUGGGUAUAUCGUAUUAAACAACGAGCUGAUGGCAGUAUUGAGCGUUAUAAGGCUCGACUUGUAGCGCAAGGGUAUACACAACAGCCUAGGAUUGAUUAUGAUGAGACUUUCAGUCCGAUGGUCAAGCCCGUUACCAUCCGAACAGUUCUUACACUUGCUCUUUCCAAGUCUUGGCCAAUUCAUCAACUUGAUGUCAAGAAUGCCUUUCUCAAUGGGUAUUUAUUUGAGCCUGUUUAUAUGUCUCAACCACCUGAAUUUCUUGAUCCGCAGUAUCCAGAUCGUGUUUGCCUUCUCCAACGAGCUCUUUAUGGUUUGAAACAGGCUCCUCGUGCAUGGUUUUAGAGGUUUGCUGCUUUUCUUCAUUCCUAUGGUUUUAUUCAGGCCUAUUCUGAUUACUCUAUGUUUUUAUAUCGCUCAAAUGGUAUGCUGGCAAUUCUACUCUUGUAUGUUGAUGAUAUUAUUCUCAUUGCUUCUACACCGUCCCUUUUGCAUCGGAUCAUCUCUUCAUUGAA